CGCCGCCAUCUUGGACCGGGCCCGGUCAGCUUCCGCGGAGCCAUCGGCAGACGCCGCGGCCUCCCUUGAGCCCCGACCCCCGUCGUCAGAACAACCCCGGGCCCACUUCCCCCCACCCCACUUCCGCUUCGCGCCGCUAUCGCGAUAGCGCCCGGGCCCGGGGCGCGAGAAAAAGGCGGCGGGCGCUCGCCUCCCCCGCCUGUCGCGAUACGCUCCUCAGCGGCGGCGCCAGCUCCUGUGCGUCCUUCUCCAAGAGAGUAUGAAGAGAGUGCGUCUGUAGGGCAGGGAAGAUGGCGGACAAGCGCAAACUCCAAGGUGAGAUUGAUCGCUGCCUCAAGAAGGUGUCCGAGGGCGUGGAGCAGUUUGAAGAUAUUUGGCAGAAGCUCCACAAUGCAGCCAACGCGAACCAGAAAGAAAAGUAUGAGGCUGAUCUAAAGAAGGAGAUUAAGAAGCUUCAACGGCUGAGGGACCAGAUCAAGACUUGGGUAGCAUCCAAUGAGAUCAAGGACAAGAGGCAGCUUAUAGACAACCGCAAGCUCAUUGAGACGCAAAUGGAACGGUUCAAAGUUGUGGAGCGAGAGACCAAGACCAAAGCCUAUAGCAAGGAGGGCCUGGGCCUGGCACAGAAGGUGGACCCUGCCCAGAAGGAAAAGGAGGAGGUCGGCCAGUGGCUCACGAAUACCAUCGACACCCUAAACAUGCAGGUGGACCAGUUUGAGAGUGAAGUGGAGUCACUGUCGGUGCAAACACGCAAGAAGAAGGGCGACAAGGAUCAGAAGCAGGACCGGAUCGAGGGCCUGAAGCGGCAUAUCGAGAAGCACCGCUACCACGUGCGCAUGCUGGAGACCAUCCUGCGCAUGCUGGACAAUGACUCCAUCCUCGUGGACGCCAUCCGCAAGAUCAAGGACGACGUCGAGUACUACGUGGACUCGUCCCAGGACCCCGACUUUGAGGAGAACGAGUUCCUCUACGACGACCUGGACCUCGAGGACAUUCCACAGGCGCUGGUCGCCACCUCCCCGCCCAGCCACAGUCACAUGGAGGAUGAGAUCUUCAACCAGUCAAGCAGCACACCCACUUCGACCACCUCCAGCUCGCCCAUCCCGCCCAGCCCGGCCAACUGCACCACGGAAAACUCUGAAGAUGACAAGAAGAGGGGACGCUCGACGGAUAGUGAAAUCAGCCAGUCUCCAGCCAAAAACGGCUCCAAGCCUGUCCACAGCAGCCAGCACCCUCAGUCCCCAGCUGUGCCGCCAAGCUACCCCUCCGGCCCCCCGCCCGCCGCCUCUGCCCUGAGCACCGCCCCUGGCAACAACGGGGCCCCUGCCCCGGCAGCACCCCCAAGCGCCCUGGGCGCCAAGGCCAGCCCAGCUCCCAGCCACAGCUCGGGCACGCCCGCCCCCUACGCCCAGGCUGUGGCCCCGCCAGCUUCCAGUGGGCCCAGCCCCGCGCAGCCCCGGCCCCCCAGCGUGCAGCCCGGCGGAGGCGGAGGUGGAGGCAAGCAGAACGGCGCCACCAGUUACAGCUCAGUAGUGGCAGACAGCCCGGCAGAGGUGGCUCUCAGCAGCGGCGGGGGCAGCAGUGCCAACAGCCAGGCCCUGGGCCCCCCGUCUGGCCCCCACAACCCACCUCCCAGCACCUCGAAGGAACCCAAUGCGACAGCCCCAACGGGGGCUGGGGGCGUGGCCCCAGGCUCAGGGAACAACUCGGGGGGACCCAGUCUCCUGGUGCCACUACCUGUGAACCCUCCCAGCUCCCCGACACCCAGCUUCAGCGAGGCCAAGGCAGCCGGCGCCCUGCUCAAUGGACCUCCACAGUUCAGCGCUGCCCCGGAGAUCAAGGCCCCUGAGCCUCUGAGCUCUUUGAAGUCCAUGGCGGAGCGGGCAGCCAUCAGCUCCGGCAUCGAGGACCCCGUCCCCACGCUGCACCUGACUGAGCGAGACAUCAUCCUGAGCAGCACGUCAGCUCCCCCAGCCUCGGCCCAGCCGGCCCUGCAGCUGUCGGAGGUGAACAUACCGCUGUCACUGGGUGUGUGUCCCCUGGGGCCUGUGCCCCUCACCAAGGAGCAGCUCUACCAGCAGGCCAUGGAAGAGGCCGCCUGGCAUCACAUGCCCCACCCCUCAGACUCUGAGCGCAUCCGGCAGUACCUCCCCCGGAACCCCUGCCCGACGCCCCCCUACCACCACCAGAUGCCGCCCCCGCACUCGGACACUGUGGAGUUCUACCAGCGGCUGUCAACCGAGACGCUCUUCUUCAUCUUCUACUAUCUGGAGGGCACUAAGGCACAGUACUUGGCAGCCAAGGCCCUAAAGAAGCAGUCAUGGCGAUUCCACACCAAGUACAUGAUGUGGUUCCAGAGGCACGAGGAGCCCAAGACCAUCACUGACGAGUUUGAGCAGGUGAGGGCCCCUCCCUGUGCCCUGUCCACUCUGGUCCCGCUGGCUGAGUCCGGGUAGAGUCCCCACUCCACACGCAGACUGGCAGCCCUGCUGCCCGCUCCCUUUGCCACCACCUUCAGCCAGCUCGGUCCCUCAGGCCAUCUGCCUUGCCUGGGACACUGUCCUCUUCCUCACUGGCCAGCUCGCGGUCACCCCAGAGGUCCCAGCCUCCAUGUCCUUCCUCAGAGGAGCCUUCCCCAGGCACACACACAGCCUGUGCCUCCGCCCCUCCUCUGGCACGGUGGGGGGAUGUGGUGUCUCCCACCCAAGACCAUGGGCUGCACUGCUCGGGGACCUUGACAGUCCCCAGCACCCAGCAGAGGGGCUCAGCAAACACGGAUGGGGAAGCUCUUUUGUUGUUCUCGUAAUUGAUUGAUUGGGACCUCCCACUUGCAAAACACUCUGGAGCCAGACUACCUGGUUUGGAACCCAGCUCUAGCUGGUGACCGUGGACAAUUCACUUGAACAUCUGUCUCUAUUUCCUUAUCUGUAAAAACGGGGUAACAGCACCUACCUUUAUGCAGUUGUUAUGAGGAUUAAAUGAGUUAAUGGCGUGUAAGUACUAAAUGGUGCCUGCUAUGUA